CAAUCUCUCCUGUCGUUUGACUUGUCCUGUAUCGCUGGACUUAUUGCCGACCUUUAUGCCUGUAACAUACGGGUUAGGGUUAACGGAGGAGAUGAAACUCGACUGUGUUUGUGUAACCAAUCAGGUCAAGCGGAAGGUUUCCCGGUCUUGUCUUGGCAUCGUGACCGCGCGUUUCAAUGUUUAAUUGCUUCGUCCCAAGACGCGUCUCGCCUGGCAACCACGAAGUCGCCGCCCCGCUCCGGAACGACAACAUUGACAGCUACAUCAUCCAUUUGUUUUAUAAUAUCUUCAGUGUUAAAUUGCCCAGAAAUGGCUCCCAUGAGGGAGAUCGCCGCUUCGGAUGAUGAGGAAAGCGAUUUCGACCACAUCGACGACCCGAUCGACGACGCCAUUGACGAGAUCCAAGACGCGCCCGCGCCCGCGCCCGCGCCUGUGCAGCCCAACGAAGCUCAAGAAGGGAACCAAAGUCACCAUGAUGUUAGCAACGUAUCGACAGACCUGUCCUUCUUCCAGCGCGUCUAUGACGAACAAAGAGCGGUCACGAUCGCAGGAACCUACAUCGGCACCAACAUCGCCACCCAAGGACACCAGCCUGCUCAAAAGAGCGAACAAUCCUCCUCGAUAACUGACCCGGUACCCGCCAGCCGUCGACCGCUUAAAAGAAAGAUAGGCGAUAAUAUCAUCGAUCUAACCGAGCUCACUCAGGUCACCACUCCUAGAAAAAGCGGCGACGGGAAAGGGAAGACCAGCGAAGGUGUAACCACGGGUGGUGUACUACAAGAAUCCGGUUCGGUACAACAGGCGGUACGAACAUACGGCAAGCACACACAACCAACUCCCGAACAGAAGGAAGAGAUACCGCGACAAUCAACAAUCGUACGAAUCGACCCCUACGAGUUCCCCGACGACGGAGACAAUGACUAUACAAUCCCUUCAAUCCCCAAGAAAAAGACAAAGACAACGGCGAAACGCGCUUCGCCAACCUCGACCAGCAGUCUUCCCGUGGCGAAUCCAAAUGCGACACCCGAUCACGAUGACAUCAGCUUCAUCCCACUACCCCCGUCCGAAAAUGCGCCUUCUUCCGUGGUCCAACUCCGUAGCUACCAGAAACCAAUAUCAAGCGAAGAGAAUGUCUCGACAGGCAGCUUGUCUGCCACUGCGCCGCAGCGCUUAUACAUCGCUCCUAGUACCCUUACGGCCAGCCAGAAAGAAGAAUAUAGGAUAGUCAGCUUGUCCACCCAGGGAACACAAGAUAACCUGGCCACACAAGACAUUUGGGCCACACAAGAAAACAUACCUCCAGAGUCUUCGCUACCUACUGUAUCGCCAUCAGAUCCGUAUCCACCCCAAAUGUUCGGAGAAGGACUACUAUAUGCCGGGGCCGGGACUGCGUACAAGUCGAGUGGCAUGACUACUGUUGCGCUCUCUCGUCUCAGCGAUUCCAUACGCGACAACGGUGAUGGUGCGCUGGAUGCCGCAGCGACAGCUAUGAUGACUCUAACAUCGGGUCUGGGAUCGGGUAGUUUAGAGAUGGGGACGCCGGCGAGAGUAAGAAAAACUUUUCCGGCCUCUUCUCCGGAUGUCAUUGGUGGAGCAUCGCCUGGAACGCGAAGAAGUGGGAGGAAGAGGAAGGCUAGUCAGUUCUUUGAGGAAGAUGCGACUCAGGAUACUAUCCCCUUGAGAAGUAGUCGGUUGGCAGAGAUUCGAGAGAUGAGUGCAGAGGAUAACGCCGAUUACGCUCCUGACGCAACGGAUACUCAUCAAGCGUCCGUAAUUCUCGGCAAUGAUCAGUUGCAGAAUGAACGAAUCACCGAGCAACCUACUGAUGCUACUGCGCCCAGCAGUACCAUCAAAAAGAAGAGAGGGCGAAAGAAGAAGGAACCUGUCCCAACGGUUACCGAGGAAGAGGUUUUUAUGGACAAUAGCUUUGAAGGUACCGAAUAUCAGCAACCAGAAGAGGCCCUUUCUGAGCCUGCGGAGCCUGAACAGCCACCACCAAAAAGAAGACGUGGUCGUCCACGAAAGUCUGACGUCGUCGCCACUCAAAAGGCCACCAAACAACCGACUCCAGCGCCCGAACCCGAUGAGGGAGACGAGCUAGCAUCACCCGCACCAACAACAGCCAGGAAAAGGGGUGCCACCGACACCAACACAAGGAAACGAAAAGCGUCUGCGCCUAUAGUCAUAGACGACAGCGAAAGUGAUGGAAACCUCUCCGAUCCACCGGAAGAGAUGUCAGAACCUGAAAAAGAAGCAGAAAGGGACCCCUUUGAAGCGGAGCUGGAAAUACCUCCAAGUGACGAGGACGAAGAGGAAGAGGAAGAACCUCCACGUAAACGUGGCCGGCCAGCAGCAACAGCAGCAGCGGCAACAGCGGCAUCAACAAAAGGAAAAAGAGGCAGGCCACCUAAAAACAAGGCGUUGCAGGAGGUCUCGGCCUCUUCUGCAAGGAAGAAUGGCCGCUCAAAGUCGAAGGUCCAGGCGGAGUCGGAAGGCGAUGAUCAAUAUCAAGACCUGAAAAAGGAUCUAGAAGAAGAAGGAAAUGAAGAAAGUAACAAGGGUACCCGGGAGGAAACCACUCCUGUCCCUGAGGCAAAGCCUCCUCCAUCUCCUGAAUCUGUUACGAAGGAAGAAAAGGAGGACAGGGACAGGGACAAGGACACGAAGAAGGAGAAAGAGAUUAUCAAGCCCACGAACUUUCUGUCAACGCAAGGCAAAGUCAAGUACAGAGUGGGACUGAGCAAGCGGUCGAGGGUGGCGUCGCUGUUGAAGGUUGUGCCGAGGAAGCAAUGAUGAUGAUGAGAGGAGCCGUCUAUCAGUCAUAAAUUGUUUGGUGAUAGUAUCUGCUUGUAUAUACAAGGCUGUCAUUCAUAACAAGCUUACACCACUGUAUCCAAUGAUAAUAAUGACUCACGCUAGGUAUCCUUCUUCCUACCUUACUUGGUUAUAUAACCAUCAUUUGAAUCCGAUCAUGACGGAGCAUACGUACUACCAACACCCUACCACCUCAGCUACACCUUACUAACAUUCACACCUGCCCCUUCCCAUUCCCAACCAUUCUGCUACAUCAGGUUAACAAGUCUUAAAAGAAAAAAAGAAGAAAGAUGUGCACCCACCACAUAACCCGCC